AUGGGAGGCGAUAGCACCACGCAUGAGUUGCUCAGUGGGCUCUCCAGUGCAAGUGCAGGUGCGCUCACAGAAGUCACGAUUAAGCUGAUUAUUGUACCUCUGGGCACUGCGAACGCACUAUAUCACUCACUGCACUCCCACUCCCAUCUAAACAGGCACACUGUGGCGUAUAGGCUGCUCGCGCUGCAUGCACACGUGCAAAACUCGGAAAAUUACCGACAACUGCGCAUAAGUGAGGUAGUCGUCGACCAACAGACGAGCAGACUGGCGCAUGUGGUCGUAUCUACAGCCGUCCACGCUGCAUUACUCCACCGCAGCGAAGAGUUACGCAGUGCAGACACAUCCGUCGAGCGAUUCAAGACAGCCUUCAUGGACGUACGUACGCGUUGGACAGAGGGUACUGUCCACUUUGAGCGUGCUAGCAGGUACCAGAACGGCUCAUUCACCCCUCAAAUGCAUCCUUUCUCGCUAGAAGGCCCCUUUACUUACCUUCUAGCAACGCAUAUCGACAGAUUGGAGGACGGCUUUGUUGUUGCGCCAAAGCGUAACCAUGUCGCGGCAGAUAAUGACAUACUGCGCGUCGUCGUCGUUCGCCCUGCGCGUGAUUCCCGCGUUAGAGACCUUCUCGACAACCGCGAACACGACAAAGCUAGACAGAUAGCUUCGCAUGUGCUCACUGAUGUCAUGUACGCGGCUUACGAUAAUGGCAGACACGUGGAUAUGCACUAUGACAACGAUGAGCAUGUCGUAGAGUACUUUGCUGUUCAGGGCAUGGUGUCAUUCGAGGGGCGCAAUCAGCGCAAUCAGCCAAAACACGUCUGCGUCGACGGGGGAUUGCUGGAGAUGAACCAAGGAUUUACAAUUAGUAGGAGUAGCUUGAGUAGCUCUAACAGCCAGGAGAUGGAUAACCGGUUUAUUGCAUUUCCAGUCCCACAGGAUAAUAAUUCCAGGCGGCUGAGCGACGUCGAAAGCAACAGACAGCCGCCGUCGUAUGAAGAAGCGGUAGAUCACCGCGCAGAGAUUGGCGAUACAAAUGGCGCAACCAGCACUGCUGGUACUGCUGGUACUGCUCGCACUAGAAGAUUAAUGCGUCCUGCUAAAUCGUUCAGACACUCCGCCUCUCAUCUUCCUCCGCCAGUUCCAACCAGGCCUCACCAAUAUCACUCUAUAAGUCACAUCAACCAGUAUGGCAGUAGCAGUAGUGGCAGCGCCAGCACCAGCACCAACGACAGGUACACAGACUCAAUCCUGCAGCGCAACGUACAGCCACUGCGUAUCAACAAGCGCGAAUCAUUCAGACCGCAGCCGCCUACUCCACUCUCACCAGCGAUAUCCGACAAUCAAUCACUACAUCCAGUCCAGCAACCUCACACCCACUCUAGAACAUCCUCCGUCUUCUCCACAGAAUCGCGCGUUGAGCCCUUCUAUAGCAGACAGACAGACGACGAGCUAGAUGCUAUGCACAACAAACUUACGCUCGACGAGCAGGAGGAUCAGGAUCUGGCACAGGCGAUUGAGAUAUCCAAGACAGAAGUGUCCCAGCCCUUUGCUUUCGCUUCUGACGACGUCGAUCACGACAGUACCGCAGAAUCCUCAUCCUCAGCUUAUACUCCCAGUGCAGGCCCUUCGAAUUGGAGCUUUGUUAAUCCGUCUGAAAUCACUCCCAUCACUCCUGCUACCCCCGCUACUUCCGUCUCCAGCAUCCCGCAAAACGAGUCUACUUUUGUUAAAAAGGAGAGGAUGAGACAGUACGUCGAAAAUCACAAUUUGAAAAAGUGGCAGACGGAGAUGGAGGAUGUGACGUCAGAGUGGCACAAUCUCGUUAACCAAGAGACUUUACACGCCUUUGAUAAGGCUGAGAUAGCCAGACAGAGCGUUCUCUUUGAGUUCAUGCGCACCGAGAAGAUGUAUUACAAUGAUCUGCAUUUCUUGGAGGACGUCUUUGUUCCGCCCAUCAGAGACACAAACAUGAUUCCCCAGCAACGUCGCCAGCAGUUUCUCAGAGAUGCUGUCUUCAAUCUGAGCAACUUGGUUGCAAACCACAAACGAGGUCUGAUGAGGAUUUUCGAUCGCCAGAAUGAAGAGCACCCUCUAAUUGAAUCAGUUGCUGAUCUAAUUUUGAGAGCCUGCAUCAUCUGGCAAGACGACUACGAAGCUUAUAUUAAGCACUGGCCAAUUCAAGAAGCCACACUAAAGAGUGAGAUGCAGUCGAACAAAGCAUUUGCAGCUCAUUGCGAAGCUUGCUCGAGACAUCCAAAAGCCCAAAGACAGAAUAUAAUCGCUCUGUUACAAAGACCUGUUUUUAGACUACCUCGAUACCCACUUCUGCUCAAUAGAAUGCUCGACUAUACACCUGAAGAUCACAGCGAUAGGGAGAAUCUACCCAUUGCAGCGCGAGCUAUUUCAGAUAUUGCCAAAUCUACACAGCCUGGUAUUGAGCAGUCAAAUAAUAAAGUUAAGUUUUGGGAGAUGGCAUCUGCGCUAGACUUUAAACUCGGCGAGUUGCAUGAUAUUGACUUGCUAAACGAUCUGCGCACGCUCUUGUAUGAAGGAUUACUCUUUAAACGCGAGAGAGCAGCCACUGACUUACAUGGAUGGCGUGCUAAGAAGGUGUUUAUUUUGGAUAACUACAUUCUCAUCACUGAACCUGGCCAGAAGAAGAAGACGGAUCCUAUCAGAUAUUCUCUCACAUCGAGGCCGAUUCCGCUCGAGGUAUGCCACAUCGACAAUGAGAAUCCAUCACCCACACACCGCACAAAUUGCUUGCUUGCAGAUGAGAGGAGAUCCGAUGGAUCUAGAAUUCUCUUCACUCACACUGAACCAGAGAGAGAGGUACAUGGGUUCAUACUGAAGAAUAUUGGCAAUGGGAAGGAGUACAAGUUAUAUGCCUCCACGCCAGAAGAGAGACAAACGUGGAAAUCGAGGAUCAGCGAGGCUAUUGUGAUACGGCGUGCCUUUGUUGAAACAAACAAGCUAUUGGUCUCGCACACACUCACAGACAACAUCUUCCAGCAGUCGGUCCUAGCAAAUACUGACAAAUACAACAAGGCAAGUCCGCACCGCAUCAACUCGGCGAGCAUUUUUCAAUGGGGAGCGAGGAAGUACGUCACGCUCGCCACACCCGAAGGCGUGUACAUGGGAUUUGAAGAUGACAAGGACAGCUACAGGAAGGUGAUUGGUUUGAACGGCGUCGAGGGCGUCACUGUGCUUUCGCAAUACAGUCUCCUCAUUCUGCAUGUUGAUGAGCAGCUGUACGGCUACGAUCUCGAGGAGAUAUGCCCGACUAGCUCGCACGGACCGAGACGCAAGUUUGGGAGAAUACGCUUGUGCAGCUCCAGUGAAAGGGUGACGUACUACAGAGUCGGCAGCUCUGUGGGGAAGAAGGUGCUCAUUACUUACGUUUCAAACAAGACUCUGCAUAAAUCUACGGUGCAAUUUUAUGAGCCUUUGCCUAUCAACACACGUACACAGGCUUAUCAGGAUAGGAACAGGGUAAAAAAACCAAAGCGGGAGGUGUGGAUACGCGAGACAAUGCCUUCAAUUGGUUUGCAGACUACCGGAACAGCUAGGGUGCUCUUUCCAUUCCCGAGUAGCAAGCAUGUCGCAGUUGUUGAUGAGGGCUCGUUGCGUGUACUAGAUCCUACAGACAGUAGACGCAUCCUCGUUCUUCCGAGGCUGUAUGGAAGCAAUUCAAACAUAUUCAGAGACCGCCAGCAGGCCAAACAGUACCAGUCGAACCUCGCCAAUAUCACCGAGAUGUCUCACAGAGGGAAGCUGAAACCGAUUGAACUUUUCACCACCAAGAGUGGAGAGUACGUGCUAGUGUUCGAUUCGAUGGGUCUCUACGUGAACGAAAAGGGCGUCCCACUGAAGAAUGCAAACGUUUUGAGAUGGAACGGAACAGUUAAUAGUGCUGCAGUCGACGGUGAAUAUCUGAUACUGUUUUGCGAGCGAUUCAUCGAAGUGAGGCAGAAGAGAAGUGGGAAGUUGCUACAGAUUAUUAACCUCACUAAGGAUGUUCGCUUAGUAUCGCAGAAUUCACUCAGCGAUGAAGAAAUGGUAGCCGUAGAACGGCACACCAUUCCUCAUUUGAGAUCGUACGGCUUGUUCGAUCAUGCUUUCAAACUUACUUGCACUUCUUAG